UUUUAAAAUCUAAUUGCUAUGAUUUCAUCUCGUGUUUUUUUCGGAAUUACGUUUUAAUUUUGUGUUGUGUUUAUUAUUAUUCAAAUUGAAAUGUAAUGAAAUCGACAUAUAUAAUUAUUUGACGUGACUAUUUAUUUAUUUUCAUUGUAAACUUCACAUACAUGUUUGGCGAUUAUCUCUAACCAGUAUUUUUAUCAUUCUCAAAAAUGUCUGAGAAGCCAAUAGUAGCCAGUGGAGCCCAACCGAUUGUGAAGAUUGGUCACUACACCCUGGGAGCAACACUGGGCGUCGGCACCUUUGGAAAGGUCAAGAUUGGAGAACAUCAAUUAACGAAACACAAGGUCGCUGUGAAGAUUUUGAACAGGCAAAAAAUCAAGUCUCUCGAUGUCGUUGGCAAGAUCAAAAGAGAGAUUCAGAAUCUCAAGCUGUUCAGACACCCACACAUCAUUAAACUGUAUCAGGUGAUCUCCACCCCAACAGACAUCUUUAUGAUAAUGGAAUAUGUAUCAGGAGGGGAACUAUUUGACUACAUUGUAAAACGUGGCAAAUUACAAGAGCAUGAGGCUCGACGUUUCUUCCAGCAAAUCAUUUCAGGUGUGGACUACUGUCACCGGCACAUGAUCGUGCACAGAGACCUAAAGCCAGAAAAUCUUCUGUUAGACCACAACAUGCAUGUGAAAAUUGCAGACUUUGGACUUUCCAAUAUGAUGAUGGAUGGUGAAUUCUUAAGGACCUCCUGUGGAUCCCCUAAUUAUGCAGCCCCAGAGGUCAUAUCAGGCAAACUGUAUGCUGGCCCUGAAGUAGAUGUUUGGUCAUGUGGAGUCAUUCUGUAUGCUUUGCUCUGUGGUACGCUGCCUUUUGAUGAUGAACAUGUACCAACACUAUUUAGAAAAAUUAAGUCUGGAAUAUUCCCAAUACCUGAGUAUCUGAACAAGAGUGUAGUGAGCCUGCUGUGUACGAUGCUACAAGUGGACCCGAUGAAGAGGGCGACCAUUGAGGAUGUUAAGAAACAUGAAUGGUUCCAGAAGGAGCUGCCAGGAUAUUUGUUCCCGUCACCUGUGGAACAGGACAGCAGUGUGAUCGACACAGAAGCGAUAGCGGAGGUGUGCGACAAGUUCGGUGUCAAGGAACAUGAAGUACACAAUGCUCUGCUCAGCGGCGACCCUCACGACCAACUGGCCAUCGCUUACCAUCUGAUCAUAGACAACAAACGAAUUGCCGACGAGGCGGCCAAAGCGGAGAUCAAGGACUUCUAUGUUGCUAGUAGUUCCCCGCCGACGGCGGCGGAGAGCGGGCGGCACCCGGAGCGCAUGGCGCCGCUGCGCGACAGCGCGCCGCCCGCGCCCGCGCCCGCGCCCGCGCCCGCUGCACCCGCCGCGCCCGCGCACAAGGGCACGCCCGUCAAACGAGCCAAAUGGCACUUAGGCAUCCGAUCGCAGAGCAAACCCAACGACAUCAUGCUGGAGGUGUUCCGCGCGAUGAAGGCGCUCGACUACGAGUGGAAGGUCAUCAACCCCUACCACGUCAGGGUUCGCACUCUAAACAAAAUGACGGAAAAGUACGUGAAAAUGUCACUUCAACUGUAUCAAGUGGACUACAAGUCCUACCUCCUAGAUUUCAAGUCCCUUUCUGGUGAAAAAGAGGAAACUGAUGAAGAAGCCGCGUCUCCUCUGCUGCCAGUGCUGCCUCCACCGGUGCCAACGGGGAAACCUAGCGGACACCACACCAUGGAGUUCUUCGAGAUGUGCGCCGCUCUCAUUAUACAGCUUGCCAGAUAAUCGGUAUUACAUAUUGUAGGAAUGGGUCGAGACGUUUAAAUAUAAUGAACACACUUAGUCUAUCAAUAAAGAGACGAAAACUGAUUUUAAACGAAUAACUUUUGUUAUUACAAUACAAAAUAUAAUGUUCAAGAUUGGCUGAGAAUCACCAAGUUUUGCCAGCCAAGAGGACACGGCGGCCUCAUUUAUUUUUCAUCACUUUAUUGACUGAAUAUGUAUACCACUCCGGUUUAACCCAGCAAGAUGAGGUUAAUUGAAAGUGAGCUUGAAAGCGUCCUCUGUAGAUACAUUGACAACAAAUUAGCUGAUUGCUCGUUGUCGGCUCUGCUGUUGUCAAUGUAAAGUAUGUCUACAGGGGACGUUUUAAAGCUCACUUUCCAUGAACAUAAUCUUCUUGCCGGGUGAGAUUAGUGCGGUAUAAAUGUGCUAUUCACCUUAAAUAGAUUCUUAUAUUUUCAAGAUUAUUCGAAAAUAAAUGUGAUAAGAAUUCAGGCAAAUUUCGACUUCUCUCAACCCAUUGCUAUUUGUGACUAGUCGAUUCGAUUUAUAUAAAUAAAAUUAUUAUAACUCGAUUAUGAGAUGGAUAUUGGAUAAUACCUUUCUGAUUCUAUCUAAUGUUUUUCAACGUCAAUAAAAUUAUAAUUAGUGAUAAUUAUGUAAUUUGCAAAAGGUUGCGUUCACACUAUUUUAAUAGAGAAUUCAAAUGUUCUACCCUCACAAAUAAAAUGUUUUAGAAAUAUUAAAUUAUUAAAAUAAUUCCGCUAAACCUUUUGUAUUGCUUCGAGAAAUUAGUAAUUAUUAUCUAAUAUAAUUAGGCUUAUAAAAAUAUAAUUCGUUCCUAUGUACAUACAAUACAUUUUGAAAAUGAAAUAUUGAAUGAAACUCAAAGGUGAGUUCUUCACACAUUUUAGAAUAAAAAUCUUCCAAGCUUAUAAUUAAUAAUACCAAGCAAUAAUUCAUAUAAUUUUAUUGUGAUAUAGCGCGUACAGGCUACGCUACAACACCAAAGAAAUAUUGCAACAUAAAGUGCCUUUUAUAUCAAUAAGUGUUUAUUAUCGAUCGCAUGAGCUGGCAGGACAUUUUACAUAGAAACAAUAUUUUACAUAGAAGCUAUAAUAUAAAUUUAUAGCCAAGAUCAAGCCAUAUUUACUUACUGGUGUGGCUUCAAUUUAAAUUUGUAGUAGGUAUAUCUGCUAAUAUUUUAUAGAAGUCGUUAAUAAAUUUGUUAAAAUUUUACAUAACUUAUUCAUACAAUAAAUAAAAAUUCUUAUAUCUUUUUAUUAGCUACGUUCUGUUGCUUGAGUCUGGUAAGUUUUACAUACGAGGCGGUAUUACUGCGCGAAACAAAGCCGAGGGCUAUAAUAAAUUCGAGUAUGUAAUUUAUGACACGCGUGUAUCAUACGUUUUUCAACAUCGCCGGAUUCGACAAGAAUAAAACACUAGCGUUAUAAUGUUAUGAGCAGUUUGUUGGACAAGUAUAUUUAAAUUGCCUGGAAUUAAAGCAUAAUUAUAUUUUCCAUAUUGUAUAUCAGUUUUAUGUUAUAACCAUUUUUAUUUAUUUAUAGAUUUUCAGGCAGAGGUAAUUUGCACUAGGGUAAUGUAGGUUAGGCUAGAAUAGUAUGUUACUAAUUAUUAUUAAGUUAAUAUAUUUAAACAAUGUACAAAUUAUAUGUAUUGUACAGCUUAUUUGAGUGUGUUUAGUGCAAUUCUAAAAUUUACUUCCAUUGUACAAAUAAAUAUUAAAUCUCGUAGAGAUAUAA